AUGCGCCUCUACCUUUCUCCCUUCUUGAUUCUGGCAAUACCGCUGGUCAACUCACUUCCUGCAGAUCUCCCAAGUGCCACUCUAGAUGCGCGCGAUUCUCGACCCCUCUACUUUGGUCCGCCGCAGAACCCCUCUCCUGGCCCAGCCUCUCCAGCUCCACCAAGUAGUACGCCUGAGCCAGAGGAGAAAGCGUCCCCGAGUCCUAGUCCCACAACGACAAAUCGGACGACCAAGACGUCGAUCCCUCCUCCCAAAUCGUCAAGUACAGGCCCUUCGACGACGGACAAGUCGAGCACUGCGUCGACCGCUACGACUGCCACACAAUCCCAAGCAUCGGAGACCUUGACAACAACGUCGUCUCAAAGUACCACCGAAUCUACCUCGUCAACAACCUCUACGGCUUCAUCCACGAGCACAUCCGAAUCCGCUUCGCAGUCUACUUCACUGUACCAGAAACUGAAACCUCUUAUCUACCUCUCGCCCGUCUUUGCCCUCAUCCUCAUCAGUUUUUGUGGUUGGCUGUACUCUCGAUGGUACGCGCACAGGUCCACAAGAGAGGAACAAAAGUAUAGCAUCCCCGCUGCUCAUAAACCGCCGCCUCCGCCUUCUCCGUCCCUGGGUCCAGGUGUGAGAGGUUCAGAUCCUAAAUCUCGACCAUCCUCAACGAGCAUCUUUAGCGCCUCGCGCACCAAUUGGCGAUCCUUUUCUCGAGGUCCAGGCGGGGGUGACAGAGGUGGCCGAGGUGGAGGAAGGACCGAUUCCGCCGCCGAUCAAUGGCGUUCUGGAGGAUGGGGGACCAAAGACGGAUGGAAGAGUCUGCACGAUGUCGACGAUCUGAUGGAGGGGGACAUGGAAGAAGCUUACAAUGUCAAUGGCGAAAAGUUGGACCCAGCAGAUCCAUGGUACGCAGGUGAACUGGAGAGCGUUGUUCAAUGGCAAGAUAUCGAAUUGGCAAAAGGGUUUUCAGAACAUCAAGAUCUCAGAGGCUCUUUUGUUCCGGAAGAUCGACACGGUCACGUAGGCGCCAAACAAGUCGUCUUUGCCUCUUCGGAAGAUAGUACCGCCAACGAUAACGACCAUGACGAAGUAGUAGAUGAACAAGAGAGACUUGCAGGGAGACCCUCGACAUCAGGCUACAUGGCUAGAUGGAGAUCCACAUUGGACGUUUGGAAAUCGGCUCGAGGAAAACCUAUCCAAUCGACACAUCGACUCGGAUCCACCGUAAAGCUCAUCAGUGGUCCUACUUACACUUCUUUAUCUCACCAUGAUCCAUUUGCAGUUGUGGGAGAUUCCGCUCCGACACCUGAACUCUUCUCAGAAGCUCCGAUGCCUCCCGGUUGGAUCGUCCCUCGAUCCACAGUGACUUCACCUCAGCUUUUAUCUCCGCCUAUGCAACCUCAUCUAUUCUUCCACCCGCCCUCCGAUCAGCCCUCUUCAGCGGCUCAAAUUCAACAGUCAGCCCAGACGGACGUAUUCGAAUGCAGCUGUACGAGUGACUCCCAUACGUCUUUGUGCCUCGAAUCCAGCUCGUCUUCAGAUUCGAGCUCUUUGUUGGGCAACGCAGCCGCUAUAGCACCCAUCACAGAUCAACAAGCCCACGAUCGAUGGCCCACGAUACCGAGUUGUGCGGAUGCUCUGGCUCAAGCAACGGCGUACGAUGUACCGUUAGUCAUGGGACAGUACCCUUCCGUCCCGAGUACCCCGAAUAAGAAGGCCACACUCGGUACGCCUGGUCGGAUGUCCACUAUGAAACGAUCAACAGGCCGACUAGAUUUGUCAGGUCAAGAGUCGCCUACUCCCAGACGAGCGACAAAGAGCGCUAUGAAGGCUGCCUUGGGAUCGUUGACCGAAGUCAGCGCGGAGGAAUCUAAAGGCACGCCGACAAAGCACGUUGGCCUGACGAGAACACCGACGAAAUCUCGGGUCCAGCGUCGUCAGGAUCAAGCUCAACAGACUGUCAAUAACAUUCUGCAAGCCAGUUGGUCGGAUCGAAUGUUGGCUGCUUCUCCACCUCCUCAAUCCAUCGACGGAAUGAUGCAUGCCUUCUCAGGAUCUGCAAGUCCAACCGAUGCCCGUGUCAGCAGUAUCAAUCCUUUCAGCGCGAUACAAGAGAUCAUUUAG